ACACAGAACGCGAUCAAGUACAUCUUACCAUUUCACUAACGUGCACUCAAUCACCACUGCUUCAGAACCCCCCACCCGUGAGAUGAUCUGAUCAACAGAAUUUGCGGGCGAUCUUUUGCUGGUAGGUUUUGGUUAUUACUUUCACAGGUCCUCACCGCAUCGCCAUAGCCCCUCCAUUGUCUUAAUUGCAUUCAUAUCCGCACGAUCUGACGCUACUUUCUUUAUUAACAACCCCUCCGCCUACCUGUCCCUUACUCUCGCCUUUGAGCGACAAGACACCUCUUUGAUCUUCAGCUUUACUGAAUAGUCUACUAGUGCGACCGCAUAUCCCCCGAACGGCAUACGUGAUUGCGAUCGAUCGCAAUCGCAAGCGCAAUCCCUCCUUUACAAAAUUCACGAUCAAACAACCCCCAUAUACAAUGUUUCCUUCCAUGGCUCCUGGCAAUGGAACUGCGGGUCCUCGAAAGAAGGUAGCGACCUACGGGAAAGGUGCCAGAAAGCGAAUACCUCAAUACCAGGCGCCGGCGAAGGUUACGAAGGUGCAAACGUCAGAAACAGAAGCUGUACAAACGGAUGAGGCUGAGUCCUCCUCGCAGCCUUCCCCCAAGUCGCCCACAACAGUCACCUCGCCCGUAAAACGAAGUAUUUUCGACGUUCCUUCCAGCGACGAAGAGGGUUUUACAGCCCGGAGGCCGGAGAAGAAGAAGAAAACCCCCGCCGCGCGAGUCCCUAAGAAAAGUGCCCCGGAGACCCAAAAAGAGAAGGAAGAUGAGGGCAUGGCAAUUAUGCAAAGUAGGAAGAGAGUCAAGUUAUCUCCUGCGCCUGCACAUAUCUCAAAACAACCUUUGCGACAACUGCCAGUCACCAAGGCGCAAUCCAUGGUUGCUGUCGCAAAGAUGCCCCCGAAGGUGGUUCAGAAGGUGGUUCAGAAGGUGGCCGCCAAAGUUGCCCCAAAAGUAGCCACAAAAUCUACAUUACAAAAUUCAGCGGCAUCCUUCCCUGGAAGUGGGCAUACAACGUCCAUAGUUUCUAGACCAAGGCGAAAUGACCGCCAGAGCGAAAGAGAGGCUGCGAGGCCCGUCGCAAUCGCUAAUGGGAAGAAACUCGAGAAUAAAGCAGAGCCAAAGAUUCAACAGAAAGUUGAGAAGACGAAUAUAAACAAAUUACAGACGCCCAAGAAGACAGCGCCUCCACUCAGAAGAACUCCACAGCGCAAGAUAUCAUCUCCUGACUUCGCCGACAUAGAUAUGAUGGAUGUAGAUUUGCUCGCGACUCCAGGCUCUGGAAGGAGAAAACUAUCACCUAAGGGAUUGCAACUUUGGGACGGAUUACUAGAUUCUGCCAGUGAGCAGGUCGAAAGCCCAAUUGGAACAAAAGCGGCGUCAUCAGGUAUGGCCAGUUUGGGCUUGGGAGGUUCACCAGUUGUAUCCACUGGCCCAAAACAGACUGGUUCUAGAACGCAAAUGCCCCGUCGCCGAUUGAUCGAUUCUUUGGUAGCUCAAAUCCCCAAAGAGGACCUAGAAUCCGAAGACGAGGAUGAAUCAAUGGAUGACGAUGAUUCUUCUUCCGCAACCAAUUCUUCUAGAAGUCAGAGCCCUGCUCCAGAAGUCGUAAGUCAGCCAGCUUUACCAGCAGAUAGUCAGACGUUACAAUCUAGUCAAAUGACUGGUCCAAAGAUUACGUACAGCCGUCAACGUUCGAUGCUAGAAGAGGAAGAUAUCAUGCUGCAACUGUCUCAACCCUUGCCCGAUAUGCCCGAAGAUGGCCCCAAGGGACGACGCAGACUUCGUCGAGCUUCGAUGUCAAAGCUUCCAUUGCUUGCAAGCUUCCGUGAAGAAGACGACGACGGAGAAGGUGCGGGGGCUACGAUUCGCAGUGUGCAUGAGUUGAGAGCUGCAGGUGCCAGCACUCGAGUUCUGGAUGAGAUCCAGGAUCUCAUUGAUCGAAUUGGAAAACCGACUCCUACUCAGGUAUCGGGAAGAAGAGCCAGCCUUCUCGAACUAGCGAAACAGCUGAAGGAUAAGGCUUUUUCCCGUCACUUUUUCGCAGAGAGUACGCAAGAACGCCUAUUUUUAGGUCUUGGUCAGGAGACUGAUACCAUUGCUGGUUUCGUUCUGGUCUCUAUUCUCAUCACCGUCCUAGGCGAAGUUGACGUUCUCCCAUUUGUGCUUCAACUUCGUCGCCAGGGAAUUACUCGUCUCUUGAUUCGCCUAUUGGAUGUUCAAUCAAGCGUGGUCCUUGUGUCUAAGGAUCGUAAGAGCAACACCUCCAAAGUGGCCCAGAAGAUGAUUUUAGACCACCAUGAAUAUGUUAAGGGUCUUGCAAUCUGGGAGCCUUUGGAACCAAAGUCCCUGUCACCUCGUACUCUUGCUUUGAAAUGUCUUGAGAUAAUGACCGAGCAGACCAGAGAAGCAAGGAGUGAGGCGGAAAUCUUCUCCAAAGAGUUGACAACCAGGCUUUUCACUAUUUUGAAGAGCGCGUCUGAUGAAAGAUCUUGGGGGUUUCCUGGGCAUCAGUCGAUUGAUUUUUAUCUUGCAUUGUCUGCACUGACAUCACACUCGACUAGAGCUCGAACCGUGCAAGACGAGAAAAUUUGGAUCACAAAUUUCCUACCGACUAUUUCAGACACAUUGAAGAUUGCUUUGUCUCAAUCUCUCCAAAGUCACGGACCGCUCCACACUUUGAUUUUCAGCUUGACGAUUAAUGUUACCAACAACAAUGCUAAGGCGUGUGAUGUGUUUGCCCAAAGUGCGCUCAUUCGUGAAAUGAGCAAAUACGUAGUAGCAAAGUUCCAGCAGAUUUCUGGUUUUAUGCUUCAGGCAGAUUCCGAAAUGGCAGUCAAUCAAUUGAUUCUUAUUCUGGCAUCAAUGAUUAACUUUGCAGAUCAAGAUUCCAAAGCUCGGGCAAGCAUGGACACAAGUCUGCUCGAAGAGGGCAUUGAUACGUUGGAAGAAAUGGUCACCAUUUGGGCCGGUAGCCAGGACAAAAUUUCCGAGGUAAGUACUAAUUUGGCUCUUUUUUCCCAUGGAAUAUACUAAUUGACCCGCAGGCAUCAUCAAUGGAAGAAACCGAAAAACUCAUCCCAUUCGGUUACCUUGGAGUCUUGCUUGGAUAUCUGGCAUUGGUGCCUGAGAUAUCCAAACGGAUUCGAAAGAAGCUUCCUGGCCAAUCACUUAGAUCCUUGAUUUCCUCUAUAGAAGAAUUUAUGAUGAGGCAUAGUGAGGUUGAUAGUCAGAUCCAGGAAGGUGAUAUGUUUGAGUCUGAAGAGUCGAAAAAUACACGGGUCGCGAUGACUAGAAAACUCGAAAAGCUGCUGGAGCAGUUGGGCACACGAUAGUGAAGUGUGGUUCCUGCGAGAGGAUCCGAUUUCACGAGUAACAUAUAGGAUGGCGUAUUUGAUUUUUUUAGAUAUCAAGUCGUUAGACGCUGGGGACUAGGGGACAGGUGAACAGGUGAGAAUUCAGGCGGGCAUGGUCCUGGAGCCAUACCAUGGAAUGCUUCUAGUGCCUUCAUGAGGGUAUUUCUUUUCGGUCUGCGAGCAUUAUACCCCCAAUGCAUGUAUUGAGUAUAAUGAUGGUUAUUGUAAUACUUUCAGCAGACAGAGAUGAAUACAAGUCUGUACGGAUACAUA